CGCUGAAAUCUGUUUGAUUAUUUUUCAGCAGAGAGUCUUCAUAGAUCGGACCUUUCAGUAAACCGCUGAAGAAAAUGUUCCCCGUGUGUGUUUUGUUCUGUUUGUGCUGGUGCCAUCUGACUGGUGUGUUUGGUGAGUCAGUGUCAGUGAUGGAGGGAGAUUCUGUUACUCUAAACACUGAUCUCACUGAAAUACAGGAAGACGACGACAUACUGUGGACAUUUGGAGCUAACAACUCUCUGAUAGCUGAAAUCAGCCGAUCUGAUGAAGUCUUCUCCACAUCUGAUAAUGUUCUUGAUGGGAGAUUCAGAGACAAACUGAAGCUGGACGCUCAAACUGGAUCUCUGACCAUCACAAACCCCACAACUGAACAUGAAGGAGUUUAUCAAGUAGAAAUAAGGGGAAUGUCACUGUCAUCAAAAACAUUCAAUGUUUCAGUCUAUACUCGUCUGCCUGUUCCUGUCAUCAGUAGAAACUGUUCAUCAUCAUCUUCAUCAAAUUGUUCAGUGGUGUGUUCAUCAUCAGUGUUGAGUGUGUGUGAUGCGACUCUGUCCUGGUACGCAGGAAUGAGUGUAUUGUCCAGCAUCAGUGUGUGUGAUCUCAGCAUCAGUCUCUCUCUACCUCUGGAGGUGGAAUAUCAGGAUAAAAACACCUACAGCUGUGUGCUGAACAAUCCCAUCAGCAACCAGACCACACAUCUGGACAUCAACACACUCUGCAGACACACAUGCGCAGAAGUCCACGACCUCUGUUGUGGUUCUACUGAAGCUGUGAUCCGAUUGGCUCUCGCUGCUGUGGUGGGCGUGGCUACAGUUACUUUUCUGCUUUCUGAUAUCAGAUCUACAAGAGGAGAUAAGAAACUGAUAGACCCAUCAUAAAUAUUGUGAAAUAUUUAUUCUGCAAAGUUGAGAAGAUAUAUGGAAGGAUUUAAAUGAAAAUCGCCGACUGCACUGCUCAACUGCAUUAUGGGAAACAACUUGCUGACGACACAGCUCAAUGCUCAUUGGUUUAAACAACCGUGAUGUAUUGUUCUU